UACUCAAUGUAAGCGUGUUGUUUCGAUGUUUACAGUGAUUGACCAUGUCUGUGGGCGCUCCCAUACUGUGGAUAGCCAUACCCUUGAUGUGAAACUUUACCAUGAGCUGAUAGGGGACUCUGGAGAAGAUGGACCAAAAUUUAAGGUUCCAGAUGUCUUGGUUAUCACUGAUCUAGAUCCAAGGAAGAUCCAAUUUGUUCAGUAUUCUCAACCAAACAAAGAUGGUUUAGAAAAACAGUUAACUGCACAACAUACAAAAAUCAUUUGGCCAGAAAAGCUUGCCGAUCCAGUUAAACUUGAAUGUCUGUUGACCAAAGAAGUUAAAGAUUGUCGGAAUUUGGCCAAAGAAUGGAAGAAGACAGCACGGACAAGUCUGGACAAGUUUCUGGAUGUCCUACUUGUCUACAAACAUCAGAUUCUCCAGGACGCUUGGGAUGGUGUAAUGGCACAGCUUCAGAAUAUGAACAUAUCUCACCCUGAUGGUGUUACAGUAGCCGUGGAAAAAGUCCGUUUUGAAAUUUUCGUCAUGGGGCACAAGAAGUUUGCAACAGAAGUUUCUCAAAGUGUGGAAAAAAUCAUUGGAGAGAUUGCUGAUGAGUUAGAUAGAAAGAAUAAACAAAUUAAAGAAACAACUUCACCAAUGAAACAUCACCAAGUUGUCAUGUUGAGCCUUACACAUUUCAUUGAUACAAUGGAGAAGAAAUAUCCCGGGAUGAAAGUCAUGUUAGAUUUUAAGGCCAGAACGGUAACAUAUGAAGGGUUGUAUGGAGAGGUGACCAGUGCAAAGUUGGAAAUGUAUGAAAUGAUCAAUGCUAUGGUGUCCAGUGAUGUGGGUGAUUUCAACAAGGGCAGGUAUGCUUACCUCCAAGACAAGGCUGUGAAACAGUAUGUUGCAGGAAAGAUGAAAGAGGACAAAAUCAUGUCUGUUUGGGAAAUGCAGGACAACCGUUUUGUAGUGUAUGCUAUGACGGAUGAUGCUGCAGUUCGUGCGGCACACAUUCUGAGAGAUUCGGUUCUAGAGACCAUUGUUGAUGUGAAGAAAGAAUCCUCUUCUCUCCUGUCAUCAUACCGUUGGGCCAUCGAGGAGCGGUCCAUCAAAGAUUCAUGCAAUGUAAUGGUACAAAUGAAAGUUCAGAUGAACAAACCUUGUAUUGUGAUUUACUCCACUGAUAGAGAUGCUGGGAUGGUGAGAGAACGGGUGACUGAUUUCUUAACCAUGAACACUAUUUACAACACCAAAUUAUCAAUCAGCACAGGAAUGCUAAGGUUUCUUCAAGCCCAUUGCGUCAAUGAGAUUCGUGCCAUCGCAGAUCGGCUCAAAGCAGACCAAGUCUCAAUUGAUAUAGACAACCUUGGUGUGGAAAUCAAAGGAACCGAGGUAGGACUCAGUAAAGCAAAGAUGGAUAUAGGUAAUGUCAUUGACAGUGUCGAGAAAAAAGAACAUAUCUUAAAAAAACCAGGCAUCACCAAACUGAUGACAUCUGAAGACAGUAAACCGAAAGUAAGUCAAGUGGAAAAAUCUCAUGGUGUCGUAAUCGUGCCGAGCGAUGAGAGCGAAGAUGAUGUCAGUGGAGGAGAGGCUGGAGGUGGGCCGACUCCUGCACCAAGAAGACGAGACGGUAUACAAGAAAUGGCGAGGUGUUCCCAGCCUAACUAUCAUCUCAUGGUUAUGUUGGGGGACAUCACCAACCUCAAGGUAGAUGUGCUGGUCAACGCAGCAAACAAGGAACUCCAGCAUGCUGGAGGGCUCGCAAAGGCUAUUGUGGACAAAGGAGGGAAAAGCAUACAGCGGGAUUGCGAUGAACACAUCAAACGACACAGCCGGCUGUUGGAGGGUGACGUGUACUUGGGGAAGCCUGGGAACAUCAAAUGUAACUUCAUUGCCCACGCGGUGGGACCAGUAUGGCAGGGAGGGCGAAAUAACGAGGAGGACAUGCUACGGGAAGCAGUGUUGAAGUCUAUGGAGGAAGCCAACGACCAUAAUCAGACAUCCAUAGCGCUGCCAGCUCUUGGAGCAGGUACUCAACUUAGAUAGUCUAUAUGAUUAUGC